GAUGAUUGAGAACUUUCAUGCAAAUUAGUGGCUGUGUAAGGUGUGAGGCAUCCAGUAAGGCUCCCGAUAUGCAUGACACGUCACUUGGUGUUCAGUCACGCGCCCUCGGGGCCAAAGAGGACGAGGCUUGAAUACUUGUUAUAGAUGCCGCAAUACUUUAAGUUUUCUAAUUCUCAAGUAACUCACACUAUUCAUAGUAGGCCAAAUCGCUACUGCGUUAUUGAAAGUAUGAGUGCGUUUGGUUCACAUGGCUCACUGCCGCUCCAACCUGAUCUCAUCACUCGGCGGCAGCAAACAAUCAUCCAUGACCCCGAUAAAGCGCCUUCUGUGGUCGCUCAGCUAUAUCAAAACUGUUCCGGGCUCUUCGGUGAUAUGCUCGUACUACUCCGCUCAGAUCUAAUCACGAAUAAUUCGAUACUCAUGACUUUGGAUCGCAGUCACAGCUAUUUAGUCCUCUGGGGAGAUGGUUAUGGAGUCGCGGACGAAAAGUUUGAAGAGGCUCUGGGCCGAUCUCGCAGAGCCCGAGCAUCUACACUCCGAUAUCUAGUCAGUAUUUGCAAGACACUGACAGGACGUCUUUACCCAAGCUUGGCCAAGAUCCAACAAGCACAUAUUACUAUAAAAGUUGAGGAACUUGCCGCGACCACAGAAAAGGUCAAGCAUCUCAUUCAACAGGACGGUCGACACGAUUCUGAUAGCGAUACUGACAGCGAUGAUUGUUCUGACGCUGGAUCAUUAGAUUGGGAUGACUUGGCAGAAGACCUCAAUACUGAUACCCAAUGCCUGUUAGACCUAGGGUCAAGGUUCAGCGAAGAAACUGUCGGCCACGUACUUCCGGGUCGAGCAGUCACUCCGAAUCUCUUGGGCCCGUGGAGCCCAUCCGGGAUCUUUACUGACCAAAUACAACGGAGCUACCCAUCGUGUGAUACUGGGCUGUCUGAGCGCCUAGCGCAGGCGAACCAGUCCCGGCUACUCAGGUGGCGGCAAGCAAUAGGGUCAGCUGUCAAGAUCAACAUAGUAUCCAGUACAAAUGAUCGGUCCGAAAAGGGUGCUACCAAUACGUUUAAAGAUGCUGGACUUGGCACAUCUCUCCCUCUAGGCCAGUCACCCACAGCAAUGAGCCCAUAUGCUGGGACCUUGGUGUCAUAUUUUGGAGGAGGAGCCGGUCCUAUCAGAGCUCCACUCCUUCCGAAAGGCGCAACCGACGGGUUACCAUUUACCUGUAUCAGCUGUGGCCAAACGGUACGAUUCACUAAUACAUCUGCAUGGAAAAAACAUCUUUUCUCAGAUCUCCAGCCAUACAUAUGCCUUGAUAAUGAGUGUUCGUCGAAUGUGGCAUCGUUUUCAACUAAAGCAGCAUGGCAAACCCAUUUUGAACUUGAACAUAAUCCUUCUUCUAUUUGGUCUAUCAUCAAAUGUCCCAUCUGCCAGCAGCAAAUCCAAGGCGACAAGCUGCACUGCACAAGUCAUCUUGCCAGACAUAUGGAGGAUAUCGCUCUUAUGGUGUUACCGCCUACUAUUGCAGAAUCCGAAGGUGGCAGCGAUGCGGGAUCUGAAAUUGAAUUUCAGCAAGAGAACACGAACACGGCCUUUGGGGACAGGACUGAUACUCAGUCCUCCUCGUCGCAGACGGCUCUAUCGGACGUCAAUGCUGCUGAGGCUCAUAAGAUUGUCGAAAACGAAAAGCUAUUUAUAGAUAAUUCUUGGCUUGUUCAUAACCGUAUGUCCAGUCAGUCAGACAAAACUACAUUGAAUCUUAAAGUGGACCUUAUCGGCGAAGGUUCAAAGAAGAAGAUCGAAACGACCGUGAACAACAUUAGUCAAGAUACCAAGGCAAUGCUACCAGAAGGACGCGAGCCCUCAAAUCCGGAAGACAUUCAACAGCCAGGGGGCCACUACGUCUACCAACCUGGAUCAGAACUGAUAGCAAAUGCUGUUGACACACACUCUGCUUAUGUUCCCCGAGCAUGUAUCUGUUGCCAGAAGUGUACGGGAGAGAAACUACUCAAGAAACCUACGGUACGAACAAUGGACAUGCCACAUGAUCCAGCGAAGAGUUUGCUCUGCAACACUCUAUACAUCAAUCACAUGCCUGUGAAUGUACAUGAGGACCUCCUCAAACAAAUAUUUUCCAACCAGCCAGGAUACAAGCGUCUCUGUUACAGAGCAAAACAGGAUGGGCCCAUGUGUUUUAUUGAGUUCGAAAAUGUGCAGUCUGCAACCAGUGCGCUUGACGAGCUCGAUGGGCGCCCUUGGACUAAUGGUAUUGAUGGUCGUAUCAAUUUGGGCUAUUCUAAGAACUCACUCGGCGUUCGUCUUGAAAAUCCGACUUCGACACUUAUGCAAACAUCUGCUAAGACGGUACUCCCGCCCCUCGAAGGCAGACACGAAAGAUGUACGACGUGCCAAAAGACAGAUUGUCUGCCACAACAUCAGGCCAUACUGUAAGAAGUGCACCAAUUGAGGUCGGGUCUGCGAGUGGGAUCAAGCAGACAGCACCCAGAACCUCAAAUAAUUCCUACAGCCAGAAGCAGAACGAAGGUGUUCGUUCGUAAGCUGAUCAGGUGUUGGGCGGCAAUAGUGGAGUUGCUUUUGAUGCACCCCACCAAGUGCUAUUGUAGCAGCGAGUGCGUGUGACGCUAUGAGUCGCGAAAUGGAACGGUUUCAUAUGGGACGUGUGAGCUUGAAAUCAGCUUCUAUUACGAAAUAAAGCCGAUUUGAUGUGAUAAAUGGUAGGCACUUCUACUUAAUAUUUACUUCAGUAAUAGUAAAAUGGAUCUCUACAG